AUGGCUCGCCUCGCUACCGUCGCUAGAGCAAGCCUCCCUCCAGCCAACCACAAGCCGCAACCUGCCAACCAACCACCACGACCACCACCAACCACCAACAAACUGCCAACUUCUCUCCCGCAACCCGCAACUGAGUUCCAGUCCAUCCCUCCGAAUCUCCCCCCACUCACCAUAUCCACCCGUCCUCCUGUGACCUGUGAUACCCUGUCUCCUGUCCCGUCUGCCCCCUUGCUACCGCUUUGUAAAGCUCUUCUUGCUGCUUUUGCUCCUAUUGGCUCGUUUAAGCUACCACGUCUGUCCGCCUUCACACAUUGUUGUUAUCCCAUCGCUGUACACGUCCAACAGUCCCCCAACGUUCGAGCGGCAAGAUUGUUGGAAGAAGAUAUUCCAUCUCUAUUUUUCUAG